GAUGAUGAUGAUGCAGAUGAUUUUUUUUUCAACUUUGCAAAAUGCCAAUGACUGAUAAAGAAAGACAGAUCAAGAAGACUGGUGAAAGAAUGGAAGGAGGGAAGUCCCCAGGUGGGAAUAUUGAAGUGAGGAAAAAUAUGAUUUGAUGAUGAUGAUGAUUGUGCAGAUUUUUCAGUUGUUUAAAGACAAAGACAGACCAAGAAAACUGAAGGCAAGGGCUGGGGAAGGAAGGCAAGGGAGGAAAUCCCCAAGUAGGAGUUUUGAAGUGAGUAAAAAAACAACACCAAGUCAAUAAUAAUUUAUGAUGAAGAAGAUGACGAUGAUAAUGAUCAUAAUAAUGCAAUUUUGCAAUGCCAAACACAAACUAAGAGAGAAAGACAGAUCAAGAAGACUGAAGGCAGGGACUGAGGAAGGAAGGGAGAGGAAAAGUCACCAGCUGGGAUUUAUGAAAUGUUUUUUGAUGACCCCUUGCUUACUGGAGUCCAUAAGAAUUGGUACCUUUGCCUCCAGAUGCCCUCACUGUAGGUCUGAGCGCUUUCACUGACCGCAACUGGGAUCUCAGCACAAGGCCGGAGACCAAGCAGCACUUGGUCAUCCUGAGUGACAACCUGCCAGCCGGGGAGUAAUUCGAACCUAGGCCUGAGAUGGGAUAAGGCCACUUUAUGGCCUCCAAGAAAGCAGUUUUAAAAGAGGGGAGCGCGUCGUCCAGCUUCCGUCUUCAGUUCCAGGCUGUGCGAGAACCGAGGGUGAAAAUGGAAGAGAAAGUCCUGGCCUGCACCAAGCCAGCCGAGGGGGCGAGAAAGGGCCCUCGUGGCAUCCCGGCCGAGGGUGCCAGGGAGUUCCUGAGGCUGAUGACACCUCAGCAGAUUAAACAGGAACCAGACGAAGGCUUGGCCCAGCGUUGGGAAGCCCAAUGGCAGGAAUUCCUGAAAGUGGUCCAGUCUCCCCAUACUGGCUGGGGGAACUCCUCGCUACCAGAACUCGUGGCUUUUAAUAGCCCAAAGGGGCUCCACAUGUCGGGUGGGAUGGCCCAACAGACUUUAGCCUGGAAGGUGAAGGAAGAGGUCCUGGAGGAAGAGACUGCCAGUGCGGAAACGCAACGCCAGCGCUUCCGGCAUUUCUGCUACCAGGAGGCGGAGGGCCCCCGAGAGGUCUGUGGCCGGCUCCGGGAACUCUGCCAUCAGUGGCUGAAGCCUGAGAGGCACACCAAGGAGCAGAUCCUGGAGGCGCUGAUCCUGGAGCAGUUCCUGGCCAUCCUGCCGCCAGAGAUCCAGGGCUGUGUCCGAGAACGAGGCCCAGAGACCUGUGCCCAGGCGGUGGCCCUGGCCGAGGGCUUCUUGCUGAGGCAGCAGGAGGCUGAGAGACCCCGACAGCUGAUUCUGGAUUCCUUCAAAGAAGUGACAGUGAAUUUUCCAAGGAUGCAACAGGUCUGCCUGAGUGCUUCUCGGAAGCAAGGGGGCAGGCUGUUGAAUGACCAGGAGAGGCAAGUUUUGGGGCAGCAGGAAUACCUCGAACGAGAAUCCUCCAGUGGAAUGUUGCUUCCCAAACCUCGGGAGAAUGUCUCCCAGCACCACGAGCCAGACAAGCCCUCCGAGAACCAGGUCCGGUCAGACCGUCUCCAGGGGAUCCACCCCUCAAGGAGAGCUCCAGAGCCUGUCCCUUGCCGAGUGGGCUAUGCAGACCUGGGUGAGAUCCUCUUCCAAGGGCGGAUGCAGGAGAGCCAGCGGCCAAAACGGUGUGUGGUCCUCCGCCGGCGGAUCCAUUCAGAGGAGCGGCUCUACAAGUGCCAGGACUGCCGGAAGAGUUUUGACCAUCGCUCCCACUUCAUCCGUCACAAGAAGAUCCACACGGGAGAGAAACCCUUCCAGUGUGCUGAUUGCGGCAAGAGCUUCAACCGCAACUCAAACCUCACCACCCAUAUGCGGACCCACACAGGGGAGAAGCCCUAUACCUGUGCCGAUUGCGGGAAGAGCUUCCGCUGGAGCUCAGAUUUCAUUGUCCAUGAGCGGACCCACACAGGGGAGAAGCCCUACAGCUGCGGCGAUUGCGGCAAGGCCUUUCGGCGCAGCUCCAACUUAACGGCUCAUGAACGUACUCAUCGGGGGGAGAAACCCUACAAGUGCUUGGACUGCGGGAAGAGCUUCACCCGGGGACUCUACCUGGUUGCUCACAAGAAAACCCACACAGGGGAAUGAUCAGGGUGGUUCCAGGGGUGAGGGGUUGGCAGAGUGAGAGGUAAAGAAUGUCCCCUGUGUGACCAUCUCCUCUCCCAAUUAGGCUACUUUUGGGGUACAGGCAGAGGGCACAUCACACCUCUGAUAUCCCAGCUGCACUUGCUAUAUUUCUCCAAAAUUCCCCUCGUAGCAGGGGAAGGUUAUGCCCCUUACUGCCCACUUACAGGCUUUCAAGUAUUGGAUUGGCUGCUGCAAAGAAGACACAGAAGGAUGGACUGGAAAAGUCCAGUCCGGGAAGGCACUUCUGGCAUUUGUUCGCACUACCUGCAGAGAACCGAGAGGUGUGCUGGAGUUAUAGAAGCAAUGUUGGAUGGAAGCAGCAUCUUUUUUCUCCCAUCCGCUAAGACCCCACCUGCAGUGAUCGAACAGGCUCUUCCAAUCGACCUUGGUGUCACUGGUAGUAGAUCGGCAAGGAUUCCUUCCCCUCCAAUUUAUUUUAAUAAAAGCGUCCUGUCCAAAUGAUAUACUGCUGAAAAGAAGAAAGCUCAAAGAGUUAUCAGGAAUAGGUUUGUUUUUUUAAAGGAAGGCCUGCAAGUUCAGUUCUGGUACUCAGACACCAAGUCCUAGGGUUGGAAGACUUUUGUUCUAAAUGUACAACGUUUUGCUCCUGGAUCUCAGUGGGCAAUGUCUGGUUUGUUGGCCUGGCUGUAAAAUUGCCUUUCUUGGGCCUAAAAUAGGCCAGAGGAGACUGGAAACAUGGGGAAAAUACCCUCUAGGCCGGGCCAUUGGAGGGCAUUCGGAGCAAGAAAAACUCUGAUUUUUUUAAUUAUUGUUUUUAAAAAAAUUUGCAGAGGGGGUGCAGCCUUUCAAGAUUUCUUGGGAGGCCAGUGCAUCCCUCUAACCCCUGCCAGUUGCUCACCCAUGGAUUGAUGAAAUAAUAGAUAAUCCCACAAACCUGAAGUCUUCUCAGCCCAGGCUUAGCUCUCCUGUUUUUUGCACAGCAGCGUGUGACAGUUCAGUGUGACUCUUGAUGAGGUUCUGUGUCUCUUGGCACCAUCCAGGUGACAUUGCCCCCCUGAAACCACAACAAAGCAAGACGACCUUUCUGUCCUUAGCAGCUGCCCUUAUAUCACGGCAGACUAUUUUUUCACCUCUUCCAAUGUUGUCUCCUCUGACUGACCAUGGCUUUCCAAGUUCUUGGGCAGAUGUCACUUUCCCAUAAUCUCUUGGGUGUUUUAAUUUCUGAGUUUCAGCUCAGGUUGGGGAGAUGAAUUGUAUCCAUAUUGCAUACAGAGACCUAUUUGAUACCACUCUGUCUGUCAUGGCUUCAUCCUUUGCAGUCCUGGGAUGUGUAGUUUGGUGAGAGACUUGUCUUUUAUAACACAUAUAGAAUCAUGGAAUUGGAAGAGAGCCCAAGGGCUAUCUAGACCAACCCCCUGCCAUGCAGGAAGACAUCAAGCCAUAAUCAAAGUGGUAUCCACAGUGGGUCCUGGAACCAAACUGCAGCGGAUACAAAGGGCCCACUGUAACAGCUUACAAAAUAAAGCCUGAUCCAGUUUCAGCUAACUGAUCAUGACUAUUAUUAUUUGUGAUAGGUAAGAUAGUAGAGCUUCCAUGGGGAAAAGCAGUAGGCCUGUGAAUACCAGGCAACAGAGACAGACAAAAGAAAUGUAAAAUUUCUGGACAUUUUGAAGCUGGGGGGAAAACUUUUGAGAGAAAUUGAAAUACUCAACUUUUCAGAAAAGUGGAAAAAAACAACAGCAUUAAGCUCUUUUACAGACAGAAAGUCACCAAAUUGUUACUUUAGGAACAUAAACUACAUGAUGUAUAACUUGGUUUGAUGUAAAAAUAACUAUGUUUGAUAUAUUAAAAGUACUGUUUAUUCCGAAGAUAAA